UUUUCCUCUAUAAAUUAAUGCAUUCGCCUUGCACAUUCAUUCAGCAUUAAAUCUUGCAUGCUCCUAUGUUGGCCAUUUGACAACCAGCCAAAUAGUGAAGAAAAAUGGUAGUAGCUCAAGCCAUAAAGCCCCACGUCGCAGUCCUGUCAAGUCCUGGCAUGGGGCACAUAAUCCCUCUUCUUGAGCUCGCCAAGCGUCUCGUCAUCCACCAUCACUUCCAUGUCAGCUUCCUUGUUAUUACCACCAACGAAGUCUCUGCAGCACAGGACCAGCUUCUCCGUUCAGAAACUCUUCCACUCGGUAUUGACGUCGUCCGACUCUCUCCUGUCGAUGUCUCAGCCAUCACCACCGACGAUAUGCCCGUCGGCACCCGCCUCUGUGUCAUUGUAGAAGAGAGUCUCAGUAAGUUUUUGAAAACUGUCCUCAUUGAGUUAGGCAAGCCAAUUGCUCUUGUCAUCGAUUUCUUCUGCACCAAAGCUUUCGAUAUCGGCAGAGAACUAUCAAUCCCAACGUACUCGUUUUGCACGACAUCCAUCGCAUUUCUUGCAUUUUCACUGUAUCUUCCUACUCUUGACAGGGAAGUGGACUGCGAGUUUGUUGAUCUCCCUGGAACGAUUAAUAUCCCUGGCUGCUCUCCACUUCAAAUCCAAGACCUAGUGGACCAGGUCAAGAACCGGAAGAGUGAUGCAUAUAAACGGCUUCUUUUUUUUGCCAGCAGAUUACCUUUGUCCGCUGGGAUAUUUCUCAAUUCUUGGGAGGAUAUUGAACCAAUCACGCUUAAAGCUGUUAUAGAGAAUCCAUUCUUCAAAGGAAUCCCCACACCACCAGUUCACCCCAUCGGACCAGUGAUCAAAGAGGAAGAACAGCCAACAGAUGACUUGGGUAUUGAAUGCUUGGCAUGGCUAGACAAACAACCGCCCGAAUCAGUUCUCUUUGUAGCACUUGGUAGCGGGGGCACCUUGUCAUAUGAGCAACUCACUGAACUAGCAUGGGGGCUGGAACUGAGUCAGCAGCGGUUCAUCUUAGUUGUCCGUAAGCCUACAAAUGGCAGCAACUCAGCUGCAUUUUUCACCGUAGGAAGUGAUAACGUUAAUCACCUAAAGGCUUAUCUACCAGAAGGGUUCUUAGACAGAACUGCAGAAAGAGGGUUGGUUGUGGCAUCAUGGGCACCACAGAUGGCGGUGCUUAAACACCCAUCAACCGGAGGUUUUCUAUCUCACUGUGGGUGGAACUCAGCGUUGGAGAGCAUAACUUGUGGUGUCCCGAUGAUCGCAUGGCCACUUUACGCAGAGCAGAAAAUGAAUGCGACGAUGCUAGCAGAGGAAGUUGGGGUGGCAACGAAGCCAAUUAUCAAUGUAGAAGCAGAAACGUGCAUUGUAGGACGUGAGGAGAUAGAGAGAGUUGUAAGAGUGUUGAUGGAAGGUGAGGAAGGCAAGGUGAUGAGACGAAGAGCCAAGGACCUAAAGGAAAGCGCUGCUAAGGCGUUGGCUAUCGGUGGGUCGUCUUAUGAUUCUCUUGCUUGUGUGGCCAAAGAAUGGAAUGCCAAUCCCUCUAUGAUUUAGCAUCUGAUUGGGCUGUAUUGCUAUUG